AAGUGUCUUUCUGCACAACAUGACGCUCUCUGCAGCAGCAACAGCGCCACGGAGACGAGAGUUUCCGAUCCGGAUUCUCUCCUUACUUUUUCGCGCUUAGUGUGUGCUCGUAAUUGAUUCUUCUUUUUUGCACUCGUCCGUAUCCUUCUCGCUAAUACUGUAGUACCUACACUCUCUGAAUUAUCGGUUAGCGAUCGUUACACGAACCGUUUCUCUCUCUCUCUCUCUCUCUUGCAGCGCACGUAUAACGGCGCCGGUCGCAAGAGCAGUGAGAGUUAACAGAAUGUGAAAGUAAGCCCCGGUCAUCUGCUCGUGGUCAUCCUCGCAUCCUUGUUAUGUAGCCGCGAGUGUAUAUAUACGACCGAUAGACUGUGUUGCUCUGUGUAUACCUAUAGCGUACGAUAUACGACUCGAUCGCGUAUACGCGAGAGAGCGUACGUAUAGGUUAUAUGGCGGAAAUGCUUUUUACAAAAUAAAUAAUAAACUUUGCAGACCAAAACGAGCGAGAGACAAGAUCGUGGGAAGGGAAGGAACGUCUUUCCCUCUCGUCGAGAGCAUACUUACGCUAUAUAACUAUAAGUAAUACCUGCGCGCCGUAGUUUCCUGUGUCUGACGCGCGGCGAUGUUGCUAUGUGUGUGGGUAUAAUACAGUCGGCAGCAGGAACGGUGAAAGUUCAGCUGACGAUUAUUCACUGAACGUAUACGGUUUUAUCUAAUUUUCCUUGAAUCUAGCAUCGCGGGACUAUCGAAAGUGUUAUGGACUGGUAUGUACGUACGGAUUUAUCGACGAUUUGAGUGACCGGCUUCGCAUUUAUUUCUUCUGUUUCGUAACCGAUCCUUUCGCGCUGCACUGGUGCACGUACUCAGUCGGCGUAUCCGAGCGUCUGCAUUAUCGACUUAUCUCAAUCGUAGAUUUACUGAUUUCCUACAAUAUCCACUGUCGACGUGUCAGUUAACGUUUAUUUCGAUGGUGGCUUGAACCUAACCUAGUCAGUUAUACAUCAACAGAUUACUCAUUAUAGCAAGUGUCAAUUCUCAUUGUUGACAGUCUACGCAGAGAAAAGUAAAUAAUCGAAAAAGUUGUUCGAUCUACCUGUUCUUAAUAGCACAAAAUGCUUUCAAUGGAAAGAAUCCCAGACCAAGUUGGCUACUUGGUGCUGACAGAGGACGGAGCUGUUCUUACCUCUGGAGGUGAACUAGAAAACGAUGAAAGACUGGCAAACAUCGUCAUGAGCUUGAUUUCUCUUACUGACAAAAUUGAUUCUAAAGCAUUUCCAUCUAACGAAGCUUUUGACAAGAUUUCCAUUAUAUACGAUAAUCACUGUUACAUUAUUUGUCUAUCAAACAAGAAAGUUCAUGUGAUCAAAAAAAAAUUCUCUCCAACCUUGGCAAUGAAUCCACAACUGGUUGACAUACAAUAGUUUAGAGAGGACAUGAUUCAUAAUACUAUUAUUUGAAAAAAUAAACAUGUAUAUAUACUAAGCACACACAUACAAAAUGUAAUAUAAGCAAAUAAAUUAAAUUAUAUUAGAUUUUAUUUACAUAUGUACA